GUUUUGUACUCAGGCAUAGUCUGGGUUGGCAGAAAGGUGUGACCCGAAUCAACCAAGAUGCCCAGGGGACAGCAUUACUUUGAUGACAACUUUGGUCAAGGGAAAGGAUACACCUCUCUUUCCGCAGAAGAGGCUGCAGGAAUUGGAAUUCUUGUUGUGGUUCUUGCAGCUUUACUGAUCAUUGGCUGUUGGUAUUACACAAGACGCAGUGGUUAUACAAGCCUUCUGAGUAAGAAUUUUAGAGUGGCUGGCAUGAAGACCUUCGAAGACAAGAGUGCCUUACUGGGCUCCAAAGUGCCCCUGCAGGAGUACAGCACCAAUGGUGGCUACAUGGUGCCUGAUGCUCCACCAGCCUAUGACAAAGUCUCCGCAAGCUCAUUGCCUCCACCGUAUGUGCCAUGAAGCAAGAAAAAAAUUAAAUGGAGUGCUUGCUUAAUUACAUGUACUAGCUUUAAUUUCUAGCAGUACCUGAAGGAAAAAAUGCAUGCUAUUAUGAAUAGUUCCAGAGGCCAUAGCUGUUUAAAAAUAUUCAGCAGUUCCCUGUUGCUUGAGUUGCCCAAGAUGCUACAGCCUUUUAUUUCCUUGCCUGGAGUCACCAUCAUAAUGUGCCAUUGAGAUUUUUACUUCUGGAGAC